UGUCUAUAGUCACCCUUCUCUUCCUCUCACAGAGGCUGUCAUGAUGAUAAGACUGGGGUUGCGAUUGGCUGGCGGGGGCCUGUGGGCUUGUCUGCUGAGCUGCUGGGUCCUCCCCUCAGGGGGUGGGGCAGCCACCUACAAGCAGGGCGACCCCGUGACCCUGUAUGUGAACAAGGUUGGCCCCUACCACAACCCCCAGGAGACCUACCAUUACUACACCCUGCCAGUGUGCAGGCCCAAGGAGGUGCGGCACAAGGCGCUCAGCCUGGGCGAGGUGCUGGACGGGGACAGGAUGGCGGAGAGCCUGUACGAGAUCCGCUUCCGGGAGAACGCCGAGCGCAAGGCGCUGUGCGAGCUCACGCUGACGGAGAAGGAGGUGCGCGGGCCGCUGGCGGGGUCCCCCUCGAGACCGUCUCCGUCUUUGAGCAGCUCUGUCGCCGCCUUUGUCUCGUGUACUGGAGUGUCCAGUCAGUCAGUGUGUCUGUAUGAACCCCUCUCUCUCAGGUACAAUGUAGAGGAGGAGGGAGGCUGUGAUGACCUCGAUCAGGGUGACAAUGGCUGGAAAAUCAUCCACACUGAUGUGUUCCGCUUCCCUUCCUGUAAGAGCCUGCUGUGUGCUGUGCUGGGGGUUGGGGCACAGUUUCUCACUCUGGCCACUGGGAUCAUCGUCAUGGCACUGCUGGGAAUGUUCAAUGUGCAUCGCCAUGGCGCCAUCAACUCUGCCGCGAUCGCGCUGUACGCCCUGACCAGCUGCGUGUCGGGAUUUGUCUCCUCGCACUUCUACAGGCAGAUCGAGGGACAGCGCUGGGUCUGGAACAUCAUCCUGACCUCCAGUCUCUUCUCCGGUAACAUGUCCUGUCUCUCUACCGGUCUUCCUCUUUGUCGGUCUUUGUCUUGUCUUUAACAUCCUGACUUCAGCUUCUUCUCCAGGAACAGCACCUGUCUGCCUGCUCGUCAGC